AUGCCCCAUCAAUACAAUCAGAACAUGUUCCCAAGAGUGGAGGGCCUCGACUUCCUCAGCAGUGAAGAUGUCGAUGAGGCUUUCGAGAUUAUCGAAGAGGAAAAGUUUUGGCUGAUCAGGGAGUACUACGAUCUCAUCAACAGGAUGGAAACUACAGAAGCACGUCGAGUCUUCAACCCCGACCACACCGUCAAUUGGUUGAUGCUAUACCUGACGCGCGAGGUCAUGUCCAAUAUCAAUCAGCUUAUUGACAACUGGAAUGUCUUUAUCGACCUCCGCGAGAUCGAGAUGAGCGGCAAGAUCAUCAUGAGCGAGAUGAGCAUCGAGCAAGCUGCGGAGGCACGAGACAUCGACGAACUAUAUGCAGACAGACUCCGGGACUUGUAUACUCUAGCAAAGCGUGAAUGGGCUAGAGAGUUCCGCAGCUACAUGAUCAUCCUCACUUGGCAGCAGGCAAUCUUCAACGCCACUGCCGGCAUUGUCUAA